UACGAAAAUGCCACUAAGCUUAUAAUUUAUAUAAAAACACUUCAAAUCCACUCAAUAACACUUUCAUCACUUCCAUAAAAUCAAAUUCUUCACAUAAAAUUAAGCGGAGCUAAAACUUUGGAAUCGAAAUCGUCAACAAAAAUUCGAGUAAAUGGCUGGAAAUCAAGGUAAAGGAAAAGGGUUUUUUAGAGGUUUAUUAAGCGGCAAUAGAUCUAGGCCUACUUUACUGAGAGGUGAUCCCCAUGAGAGGGGGGUUACGGGAUCUGCAAGGCGAGCAAGGCAAGAACAAGCGGCCAUACAUAGUCAGGCCCAACGUUCAAGUACCCUAGAGCAAGUGCGUAGUCGCUUUGAGCGCCAAAGUAGCCUACAUAGUCAUACGGUCGGCUCAGGUGACGAUGAUACUGAUUACGACGAGUCUCUUAGUCGGGAAGAGUCUCUUGGUCAGGAUGAGUCUGCAUGUCAUCCUGUUGAUUGGACGAUCGUAAGAGGCCAUGCUGUUAAGUUCAAGAGUAGAGGGCAGGGCUCGAGUGGCACUUCUGAUCAGGCAGGAGUAAGCCAGGCUGAGGAUGCGGCUCCACGAGGGAGGAGGCGAUCGCAGUCCGCGGACACGGACUGGUUAAUCACAUCAGCCCAGCCCGGGGGCCCUCUUGGCCUGGCCGGCCUUUUUGGUAUGCCAUUGUCGGAGCUGCGUGCGAAGGGGCACUUCACAAGCGGCAGCAUUAAUGUUGGUGCACUGUUGCAGCUAUGCCACCGUUCUCAGUCUAUGGAUACUCAACGUACCGCCUACUACAUGGCUAUAGAAGCACUAAACAAUUGUACAUUGGAUGACCAUCCGCAGAGCCAUAAUACGCAAUUGCUAUGUUUAAAAAUGUUGCUGCAGAAUACAGUGUUGUCGCUUCCAACCAGUGAUCGUACGGAGCAGGUCCUUUAUUGUGGGCACCAACUCUGA